UUUCUUGCUGUGUGGCGUGACGUCAUCAAGUAAGUACACUUGAGUUCCUCUUUGCUGUUCCUGGAUCAACCGCAGUAUAGAGUGGUGUGCCAUUUAACAAUACCUGUUAUGAGUGCUUUGGCAUAUCGGGUCCGGAAUGGCUUCUCUCUCUGGAGCCAAGGUCGAAAUUGGCUCAAGACUCCACAAUCCUUGAUCUCUUCCUCCGUUCCAGCGAAUAAGCUGGUUCAGCGUUGCUACGCCUCGGAUAGUAAUGUGGCUCAGUUUCCCGGGGCUAAAGCCACUUAUACGGAAGAAUUAAGCUUCCUCCGACCGGAUUCCUACGAUGGGAUCCCAAUUUAUCGGGUUAUGGAUCAAAAGGGCAAGGUGAUUGAUGUCUCCUAUGAUCCAAAGUUGUCGGACGAGGAGCUGUUGAAGAUGUACAAGUCCAUGACCAUGCUGAAUACCAUGGACAAGAUCUUGUACGAAUCACAACGGCAAGGUCGAAUCUCGUUCUACAUGACCAACUACGGCGAGGAAGCCACACACAUUGGGUCAGCUGCGGCUCUCAAUCCCAAGGAUUUGGUUUAUGGACAGUACAGAGAAGCCGGCGUCCUGAUGUAUCGGGGAUUUACCCUGGACCAAUUUAUGAAUCAGUGUUACUCAAACAGUUUGGACAAUGGGAAAGGUCGACAAAUGCCCGUUCAUUACGGGGAUAGCGAGCUCAGUUUCGUGACCAUUUCCUCCCCUUUGGCCACCCAAAUGCCCCAAGGUGUGCUAAUGUAUCGAGGGUUCACUCUUGAGGAGUUCUGUAAUCAAUGCUACGGCAACACCAAAGACUAUGGCAAAGGCAAGCAGAUGCCCAUUCAUUAUGGGAGCACUGACCUCAAUUUUGUCACCAUCUCGUCUCCGCUGGCCACGCAAAUGCCGCAAGCGGCCGGCUCAGCGUAUGCCUUCAAACGUGCCCAAAAUGGUCUUGCCGUGAUCUGUUAUUUCGGUGAAGGAGCAGCCAGUGAAGGAGAUGCCCACGCAGCUUUCAAUUUUGCGGCCACACUCGAGUGUCCGAUCGUAUUCUUUUGCCGAAACAAUGGAUAUGCCAUUUCGACCCCGGUGCACGAACAGUAUAGAGGUGACGGUAUCGCCAUUCGUGGUCCUGCCUACGGCAUGUCCACCAUCCGAGUGGAUGGCAACGAUGUGUUUGCCGUGUACAAUGCCACAAAAGCGGCCAGAGAGAUUGCCGUGCGAGAAAGUCGACCCGUCCUCAUUGAGGCCAUGACUUACCGCAUUGGUCACCAUUCGACCUCAGACGAUAGUUCAGCUUACCGGUCCGUGGAUGAGGUUCGGUAUUGGGAUCAAAAGGACCACCCAAUCACUCGAUUCGCCAGCUACCUCCAAGAACGCGGGAUUUGGAGCGAAGAGAAGGAGAAUGAGUGGAAGACUGACUCGAGAAAGCAGGUUCUAAAAGCAUUUGGCAAGGCUGAAAAGGCUUUGAAGCCUAAGUGGGAGGAGAUGUUCACGGAUGUUUAUGACGAUGUUCCGCCCCAUCUCCAGAAACAGAUGGAGGACAUGAAGAAGCACGUUGAGAAUUACAAGGGAGAAUACCCCAUCUCAAGUCAUGAAAGCUAAUAUUUGCCACUCAAAUAGUCUCAGGAAUAAAGUCAAAUCGCUGCUCAUUCUGUA